AUGGCGAACCCGUUUGAGAUGAUUCGAUCGCUUGGGCUGCAGCUACAAUCGUUUGACUAUGCGUCGCACACCGAUGAUGUCGGCAUCGAGUGGCGCAAGUGGUUGAGAUCGUUCGAAACGAUGACCCGAGCAAGCCGAAUCGAUGAUGAGGACUGGAAGAAGGAUUUGCUGCUGCACUACGCGGGUCCGAGUGUUCAGCAGCUAUUCGAUACAUUACCUGAAGUACCAGGAACUGGCAUGCGUGGGCCAUUGUCAAAUAUUGAACACUACACACCGAAUAUGACCAGCUAUGAAGAAGCCAGAGCCAAGCUAAACGAUUUUUUCCUGCCGAAAGAAAAUUCCACUUACGAACGGCAUUUACUACGGCAAAUGAAACAACGAACUGGUGAAAAUAUCGACACAUUCACCAUCAGAUUGCGAGUGCAGGCAGAACGUUGUGGUUUCGGUGAUAGAGUGGAAGAAAAUAUCAAGGAUCAAAUAAUCCAGAACUGCCAGUCGGCCGCGCUACGCCGCGAUUUGCUUAAACGAGGAGAUGCAAGUCUCGAUGAGGUGUUGGGCAUCGCCAAGAUUUUCGAGACUGUCGCUCAACAAGAAAAGUCAUUUGGCUGUGGAAGUGAAUUGAAGUCUAACGCCAAUGAUGUCAAUAAGAUCGAAGCUACAUCUUACGAGAAAAGGAAGAAAUUCAACGAUCCAAAACAGCUUCAAUGUCAUCGUUGCGGAUAUUUCGGACACAUCGCCAAAGAUGACAGAUGUCCUGCAAAAGGAAAGCUGUGUAAUAAAUGUAGUGGCAGAGACCAUUUCGCAAAGAAGUGCCGUAGCAAGCAAUCGAGGAGCGAACCGAAGAGAAUGGAUGGAAACCGAAAAUUCGGAAGUCAACAAACCGUCGAAACUUCCAAUACAGACCGUAAGGACGACGAAACGAACAUGGUAAAGCAAAUAACCAAUGAACAUAUUGAAUACAUUUUUAACGUGACGUCAUCGGAUAGCAACCAUGAAAUGCUUUGUGAAAUUGGUGGCGUUGCUGUAUUGGCCGUAAUCGACUCCGGUUCCAAGUAUAAUCUGCUAAGUCAGUCGAAUUGGGAAGAAUUAAAAGACAAGAAAGUGAUUGUAUCAAACCAACGAAGAGAAGCACCUAUGGUAUUCAAAGCUUAUGGGGGACAAUCCCUGCCGUUGAUCGGCGUGUUCACUGCUACGAUCAAAUUAGGCACCGCGAGCGAUUCGGCUGAGUUCUAUGUCGUAAAAGGGAAUGGCAAAAUCUUGAUCGGCCGGGAUACAGCAAUAGCUAUGGGUGUUUUGAAGAUUGGCAUACCUGUCGAUAAUGUGGAGGCCGACGUUGAAUGCAAGAAACUAGGAACAAUCAGAGAUAUUAUUGUUGAUAUCCCGAUUAAAUCCGAUGCUAUACCAGUUGUUCAACCAUAUCGGCGCAUACCGGUGGCUUUAGAGAAGAUGGUCGAUAAGAAGCUUGACGAAUUGCUAAACCAGCAUGUCAUCGAACCUGUGAAUGGACCGGCAAAAUGGAUAUCCCCUGUAGUCGUGGUGCCGAAGGGUGACGACGGUGAUGUACGCAUAUGUGUCGACAUGCGACGGGCAAACGAAGCUGUGGAAAGAGAAAAUCACCCUUUACCAACUUUUGAAGAUUUUCUGCCACAUUUGACGAAAGCAAAGGUUUUCUCCCGUCUGGACGUGAAGAAUGCUUUCCACCAGGUAGAAAUAUCAAAGAGAUCCCGCGAAAUAACGACGUUUAUCACACGAAAAGGUUUGUUUCGCUAUACUAGACUAAUGUUUGGUAUAAAUUGCGCGCCUGAACUAUUCCAAAAGAUAAUGGAACAAGUUCUGAGCGGAUGCGAAGGGUGCUUGAUUUAUAUUGACGAUGUUAUUGUGCACGGAUCUGAUCAGAAUGAGCAUGACAUGAGAUUGGAAAAGGCUCUUCGACGGCUAGAUGAGUGGAAUGUGGUCCUGAAUAAAAGCAAAUGUAUUUAUGGGGUGUCUGAAAUUAAUGUUUUAGGACACGUUUUGUCAGCGGAUGGAAUCAAACCAGAUGAGGAUAAGUUAGAAUCCGUUCGUCGUUUCCGAGAACCAAAAUCUGGAGAAGAGGUUAGAAGUUUCCUGGGUCUGGUGAAUUAUCUUAGCAAAUUUAUUCCCGAUCUAGCGACAUUGACGCAUCCACUACGAGAGUUAACGAUCCAUAAACGAAAAUUUAUCUGGGGAUUGCAGCAGAAAGCAGCAUUUAUGAAAUUGAAGGAGCACAUGGUUUGCCCUACAACACUGGGAUAUUUCAAUGAUUCUGAUCGUACGCAAUUGGUAGCUGAUGCUAGCCCGGUUGGUUUGGGAGCGGUCCUAAUUCAGAUUAAAGAACAAGGCCCAAGGAUUAUAGCAUACGCUAGCAAGAGUUUGUCUGACGUGGAAAGACGUUACGCGCAGAUCGAGAAAGAGGCACUAGCCCUCGUGUGGGCGGUUGAACGCUUUCACUUUUAUUUGUACGGUCGGUCAUUUGAGCUGAUAACGGAUCAUAAGCCGUUAGAGACUAUUUUCGGACCAAGAUCGAAACCGUGCGCUAGGAUUGAAAGGUGGGUGGUUCGAUUACAGUCGUAUAAAGCCAAAGUUGUUUACCGGCCAGGAAAAUCGAACAUUGCUGACCCGUUAUCACGAUUGGCCAUUACGGAUAAUACAACUGGAAAGACUUUUGAUGAAUACGCAGAACAUUAUGUAGCUUGGGUAGUUUCGAACGCAUUGCCGGUGGCUCUAAAGAUAGCAGAGAUCGAACAAGCAUCCGAAGCUGACAACAUUAUCCAGUCUGUUCGACCGGGGUUAGAACAAGAUGUUUGGUCGGAAGACGCCGCACCAUUCAAAUUAUUUGCUACGGAAUUGAGCUUUGCUGAUAAAAUCUUGUUGCGAGGGACCCGAAUAGUGAUGCCGGAAGCAUUGAGAAUGCAAACGUUGGACUUAGCUCACGAAGGCCAUCCUGGAAUGACUAUCAUGAAGCAGAGACUGAGAGCAAAGGUGUGGUGGCCGAAAUUGGAUACGCAGGUUGAGCGAUAUGUUAGAAACUGUCGGGGAUGCAUGUUGGUUGCUGCACCACCUGCACCAGAGCCGAUGAAGCGAAGAGAAUUACCCUCAGGACCAUGGCAACAUGUGGCCAUUGAUUUCCUUGGACCACUUCCGUCGGGACACUAUUUAUUUGUAGUAGUGGAUUACUUCAGCCGCUACAUAGAAGUAGAGAUCAUGACGAAGACUGAUACCAGCGAGACUAUUAAACGUUUAAAUUCGAUUUUUGCCCGUUUUGGCUUACCGUUGUCCAUCACUGCUGAUAACGGUCCUCAGUUUUCCAGUGAAGAAUUUCGAAAGUUUUGUGAUAUUAACAAUAUAAAACUUAUUAGCACGACACCGUAUUGGCCUCAGCAAAAUGGAGAGGUCGAACGGCAAAACCGAUCUCUUGUGAAGAGACUGACAAUCAGUCAAGCAACAAAGACUGAUUGGGUUGAAGAUUUGAACAAAUAUUUACUUAUGUAUCGGUCAUCGCCACAUUCAACUACAAAAAAAACUCCGUCGGAAAUGCUUCUCGGCUACAACAUACGCGAUCGGCUUCCAUCUAUCUUUCAUCCGAAAGAUGAGGAUGAGGAAACGAUCGAUCGAGACAAGGACGCGAAGGAGAAAGGAAAGUUGUACGCUGACGAACGACGAAAUGCUAAGCCAAAUUCUAUUUGUGAAGGUGACGACGUCCUGAUGAAAAAAAAUGAUAAAAACAAAUAA